CUAUAUUUAAGAGCGGCAGCAGGCACGCUAAUUCUACAGUUGGAUCGGCGGUGAUACCCACGCAGUGCAGAGUCAUAGCAGAAUUUAUCACUAUGCCAUCUAUGGACUUGUAUUAUGUUCCGGGAAGUGCUCCUUGCAGAGCAGUCCAGAUGGUUGCCAGAGCUGUGGGUGUUGACCUGAACUUGAAACAUGUGAAUCUUGUGGCAAGUGAACAGCUUAGACCAGAGUUUCUGAAGAUGAACCCAAUGCACACAGUUCCUACAAUUGAUGACAAUGGCUUUUACCUUUGGGAGAGCCGUGCCAUAAUCGGUUACCUGGUGGAUAAGUAUGCAAAAAAUGACUCACUCUAUCCUAAGGAAGCCAAGAAGAGAGGACUAGUGAACCAAAGACUGUACUUUGAUGCUGGGACACUUUACGCUAGAUUCGCUGAUUAUUAUUACCCUGUCAUUUUUGCUGGAGGGAGCUAUAAUUCAGAGAAUUUAAAGAAACUGGAAGAAGCAUUUGAGUUUCUGAACAAAUUCUUAGAAGGUAACGAUUGGGCUGCUGGCAACUCCAUCACUAUUGCUGAUUACUCCCUAAUGGCAUCAGUCAGCACAGCAGAGAUUCUUGGCUUUGAUAUAAAAAAAUACUCUAAAGUUGCAGCCUGGUUUGCGCGAGCAAAGAAAGCAAUUCCAUCUUAUGAAGAAAUUAACCAUGCAGGAGCCUUAGAAUUUAAGAAACUGCUUGAUGAAGCGAUUGCCAAGAAGUAAGACUGAAACUACAGAAGAAAGACUGUCAACUCAGAGACAUUAAUUUCAUCACAUUACAUUUAGAUUUGAGAACACAAACAUUGUAUCUAUAUUCCUAUUUACUUUAUACUGAUAAUACAAUAUAAUUUAAAAUAUAUUUGAUGUAACCUUUUUAAGAACUGA